ACAAAAAAAACUCUUUGUCGUUUUGAGGCAAGCAAAACGGCAGGACUAAGAAGAACCUGAGAGAGAGGAGGAGGACGACUCUGUCGGCAAUUGUUCCUGGGGCCGGUACCGCCGAAGCCUGAAGAGCGGUGAAUUAGUGACUGAUUUGACUUGUGAUUUUGAUUGGUCUAAUCGUACGGAAUCAUGGGAGAGAUCGUAGCAGAGAGCGAGCCGAAUGUCAGCGACACUGGAAGAAAUGGAGAGGAACCGCACAUGAUGAUGAAGAAGAAGAACGACCAAAAUCAUACGGUGGAAAUCGUUCUCCGAACCGUAGGCCCCGCUCGCCCCUCUCGCCUCCGCGUCUCCUCUCCCAUCAAAGUGUGUGAUUUGAGACAGCUGAUUGCCGAGGAUUGUAAUCUACCGAUUGAGAAUUUGAGGCUUAUUUUGCAAGGGAAUGUGUUGCAAGACAAUAGCGGAAAUGGGGAGAAUGUCUUCUUGAAACUCAAGGAUGGUGAUUCCUUGAUUGUUGCUGUUAAACCUAAGCCACCAGUUAAACAUCUUCGCAAUGAAUUUGAUGAUGACGACGAGGAAGAAGACCUGAAGUUUCAGCUCCCACAAUCCUCAAGCCGGUGGAAAAGGAGGCUUUACUCAUUUCUACAUGAUAAGUUGAAGCUUCCUGAUAUCCUUUUGAUGGCAAUUUUCUCUCUCAGUCUAAAGGCAUGGGCUGUUAUUGUCUUGUGGUUUAUCUUGGCACCUGUUGCCCAUAGAUUGGAUCUUGGACCUCUAUUUAUACUUGGAACAGGCUUUGUUAUCAUCAUCUUGAAUCUUGGACAGAGGCAACCGGGUGACUUAAGUGCAUAUUCUAUCUUUAAUGAAGAAUUCAGAGAGCUUCCUGGGACACUUAAUGCCGAUCGUCUUGAUAGAGACAUACGAACAGGUCAAUUUUGAACCUUUCAAACAUCACAUAUGAUCAUCCAAAUGUAAUAAGGUCAUGUUGUAGUAAUAUGAAUCAAUGAAACUGCACAGAAGUUUUGACUUUAAACUAACAAAUUUGCAAAUUUGAAUAUAUUGUAAAGUUUUCGCUUCCUUUUUUUGU